AUGGCAGCCUCCACCACCUCCCACCGCCCGAUCAAGGGGAUCCUGAAAAACAAAGUUUCCACCAGUUCCUCCGUAGCAUCUCCUGCCCAGCCAUCAGAAGGUGCUACCCAGGAGGUGCAGCGAAAGAAAUCUCAGAGGUGGGAUGAAUCCAACAUUCUGGAGACACGCCGUUCAUCAUACAGAGACUAUGAUUUAAUGAAGAUAAACGAGCCUGGCACUCUCUGCGUUAGUGUACAAGAUGAUGGGGAAGAUCCCAGUGAAGUCGAAGCAAAAGAAGACAUGACUCCAGACAUCUUAGCUAAGAAACUAGCAGCCACUAACGCAUUUGGGCCCGAUUGCCAGGAAGAAGAGCAAGACAGCAGUGAAGCACACACCAGCAAAUACCUUCUCGAUAAACAAGAGAAACAGAGACAGUUUGAGAUGAAAAGGAAGCUCCAUUACAACGAAGGACUGAACAUCAAGUUAGCUAGACAAUUAAUUUCAGAAGACCUACAAGCUGAAGCGGAAGAAGAUAAAAAUCAAGAAAGUCUACAUUUUACAAAUGAAGAAAAGUCUACUACAGAAGAAGCUCACACAAUGGAAGAACUACACACCCAGUCUACCAACGCCUAG